UCAUGGAAACACGGGACCAACCUCGGGCCCUUUCUCCUCCACGGCUCCACGUUGGAACCCGGGAGUUCAGACGGCCGUUCUGUUGAGUGUCUGCGACGACGACCAAGCAGAGCAGCCGUCCUGCGCCGGCGCCGUGACCCGCUCCGUCCCACGAGAUCCAAACGGAAAAGAAAGAAAAAAAGAACUCCAGGAGAAAGUUUCAAAAACCACUCCCACUCUCUCCCUCCACUACCCACCGCACCGCCAAUCCAAAUCGAGCGCCUAGGGUUUCCACCACCAACCGGCCGGCGAUGCCCGCCUCCUCCGUCUCCGGGAGCAGCGGCCCCGGCGCCGUGUCGCCCGACGCCAUCAUCGAGUGGCUGCAGGACGAGAUGGGCUACCCCUCCGCGCCGCCAGCCCCGGAGCAGCUGCGCAAGAUCUGCCGGGGCAACAUGCUCCCCGUCUGGUCCUUCCUGCUCCGCCGCGUCCGCUCCGAGCGCACGGUCGCCACGGCGCGCCGGAACAUCCUCGUCCACGGCGUCGCGGCCAGGCGGGCGCGGGAGGGGAGCGCCGGCGCCGGCGGGGGCGACGCGGCUGCCAGGCAGGCCGAGGCCAGGGAACGCGACCUCGCCGCCGAGGAGGCUGAGCGGCUGCGCGGGGUCGUGCGAAGGCAGCGCAAGGAGCUGCGCGCCCGCAUCGCGGAGGUCGCCCGCGAGGAGGCCGAACGCAAGCGCGUCUUGGGUGAGCGCUCCAAUGCCAGGCACAAACAAGUUAUGCUCGAAGCAUAUGAUCAGCAAUGUGACGAAGCAUGCAAAAUAUUUGCCGAGUACCAGCGUCGUCUGCAUCAGUUUGUUAACCAAGCAAGAGAUGUGCGAAGGUCAAGUAUAGGUGUGGCUGGAACUGCAGAUGCUGUUGAGGAUAUGCAAUUGCAGAGCGAGAGAGAUGACCUUUACUCGACUGUCAAAAGUAACAGGUUGUCAGAGGAUCUUGUCCUUGUAGAGACCUCGCGUGAAAGGAGUAUACGGAAAGCUUGUGAAACUCUUGCGGCAGACAUGGUUGAAAUGAUUCGGAGUUCAUUUCCAGCAUUUGAAGGGAACGGCAUUAAUUCAAGUUGCCAGUUAGAUGUGGCAAAACUGGGCACUGAUUUGGAUGGUGAAAUACCACCGGAUGUUAAAGCUGUGGCACUGGAUUCCCUGAAAAAUCCUUCCUUGUUAGUGCAAUCAAUCAUUACAUAUACAUCACGCAUGAAAACACUUGUACGUAAAGAAACGGAUAAGAUUGAUAUACGUGCUGAUGCAGAGCUCUUGAGGUAUAAAUAUGAAAAUGAGCAGGUCAUCGAUGCUGCUUCAACUGAUGCAAGCUCACCCUUACCAUAUCAGGUAUAUGGCAAUGGAAAGAUUGGGUCAGAGCUGUCGACUCGAGGAACAUAUGACCAGCUACUAGAAAGACAGAAAGAACAUGUUCAGCAGUUCUUAGCCACAGAAGAUGCUUUAAAUAAAGCUGCAGAAGCUAAAGCUCUAAGUCAGAAGCUCUUGCAGCGCCUCCAUGGAACUGUUGAUACGGCAGGAACUAAGAAGCUGCCCAUAGGGAACACCUCACAGAACGUGACCAACAACAGGCACUUAGAGCUGGAUGUUUGGGCCAAAGAAAGAGAAGUUGCAGGAUUAAAGGCAAGCUUGAGUACAUUAACAUCUGAGGUACAACGUUUGUAUAAGUUAUGCGCCGAAUGGAAAGAAGCAGAAGAUUCUUUAAAGAAGAAGUGGAAGAAAAUCGAAGAAUUUGAUGCUCGUCGAUCAGAACUUGAAUGCAUAUACAGUGCUCUUCUACGGGCUAACAUGGAAGCAUCAGCAUUCUGGGAGCAACAACCAUUAUCUGCUAGAGGAUAUGCAUCAAGGACAAUCAUCCCUGCAUGCAGUGCUGUGGUAGAUAUGUCGACUAACUCGAGAGAUCUAAUCGAACGAGAACUAGCCGCGUUUGGUCAAAGUUUGGAGAAUAGCUUAUGCAGGUUACCAGCGACUCCUCAGGCCCUUCUGGAGGCUUUAGGUUCUAAUGGAGCUACAGGAUCAGAAGCCCUUUCAGCUGCAGAAAAACAUGCUACUCUGUUAACUGCAAGAGCUGGUGCUAGAGAUCCAUCUGCCAUACCAUCUAUAUGCCGCAUCUCUACCGCUCUUCAGUAUAAUUCCGUUUCACCAGGCACAGAAGGCACAGAUUCUGGCUUGGCAUCAGUUUUGAAUUCCUUGGAGUUUUGCCUAAAACCGUGUGGUUCUGAAGCUAGCAUAUUAGAGGAUCUGUCAAAAGCUAUUAAUUUGGUGCACACACGAAGAAAUCUUGCUGAGAACGACCGUGUUUUGCUAAACCGUGCACAUCGUGCCCAACAAGAAUAUGAAAGAGUGGCCAACUAUUGUCUUAAAUUAGCUGGUGAGCAAGAAAAGGUUGUGGCAGAACGGUGGUUGCCAGAACUGAAAAAUGCAGUCCAGGAGGCCCAACGGUGUUUCGAGGAUUGCAGACGUGUUAGGGGCUUGGUUGACGAAUGGUACGAGCAACCUGCAGCAACAAUAGUGGACUGGGUUACUAUUGACGGGCAAAGCGUUGGUGCCUGGAUCAACCUCGUGAAGCAACUCCACAUGGAGAUCUCCAGGCGAACGCUUGCCAUGUCUUCGGCGGGUGACGACUAGGUCAGCAGCUGCUACCGCAGCCUUUUAUUCUUUGGGGGCCUUUAUUAUGAUUGGUUGGGUUUUGGGAGGGUCUGCCGGAUAGCUUUGUGCCAUAUUGUAAUUGCUUUGCGCUUCUUCCUUGGCUUGGCUUGUAAUUAGUCUGUAUGUGUGCUUUGUAUGUUAUAUCUUGUGUUAAUGCCAAUUUGUUACAUGCUGCACUGCUUAUUUCACCUGCAGGUGACAAUAGUUUUGUAGUCGCAUCUCAUUUGUGCUCUUGUGUGGGCAGCUUCGGAAAGUGUAAACAAGAAAGUUGUGUGUAGAUAAUUUGAUUUACGAAAGGAAGUUGCUUUUACGUCCGUUUUAA